AUGGAUUGGUUUCACUGUAACCGGUGUUUCCGAAAAGAUGGGGCCCAUUUCUUUGUCACCAGCUGCGGCCAUAUUUUCUGUAAGAAGUGUGUAACUCUGGAAAAAUGUCCUGUUUGUGGAACUGCCUGCAAGCAUUUGGCUCUUUCUGAUAAUCUGAAACCUCAGGAAAAGAUGUACUUCAAAAGCCCCGUGGAGACAGCUUUGCAGCAUUUUAGUCACAUCUCUCAGGUGUGGAGUUUCCAGAAGAAACAAACAGAUCUCCUCAUCGCCUUUUACAAGCAUAGAAUUACAAAGUUAGAAGCAGCCAUGCAGGAGGCACAGCAAACAGUGACCAGCCAGAACAAAGAGCUGUCAGUCUUAAGGAAAGAGAAUGAAGAACUAAAGAAAUUUCUAGCCAUCCUGAAGGAAUCUCCAAGUUGGUACCAAGGAAGCAGGUCAACCACACCUCGACCAGUGGGCAUUACUUCCCCAUCACAGUCAGUUACUCCACGACCCAGUUCUCAGCAUAGCAGCCAAGUGGUCAGUCGGUCCUCCUCAGUGGAGUCUAUCCCUUCUAGAAUGGCUGGCUUUAGUAGCAUAGGACAAGAAGCCAGAAGCCUUCAGGGAAGGAACACUCCCAGAGAUUCAUAUAGUGAAACCCCUUCACCAGCUUCUACUCACAGCCUAUCUUAUAGGACUUCAUCUGCCUCCUCUGGACUGGGGAUUUUUUCUUUCAGACCAUCCCUAAAUGGUGGGGAUUUGGGUCACGCACAAGUACUCACCCCCAACAAUUCAGGUCAGAGGGAGAGUAGAGCCCCACUACAGAGUCUUCCUGGAUUCCAGCUACCAGACCUGCAGAUUCUCUACCAACAAAGGCAGAUGGGAUUAGCCAUGGGGAGAGAAGCAUGGACCAUCCCCAGAUAGAUCAUCUUCAAGGUCUGAUCUAUACAUACUGCUGAAGGACAGAAGGUAGCAGCCAGCCCCAUUAAGCGAGAUGGCCUUAGGAAAUGCACCCCUGCCUCCUUUCCCGGUUUCACUUUGUAUUUUCAAUCUUCACCACAUACACCCUGCAUUACCUCAUUAGGGUAGUGCUUCAGGAAGGUGUUUACAUUUCUCCCACGACAUAGAGCUGUCUCAUUUCUACAACUUGAAACAAAUGUUGUAAAAAUAGUCCUUGGCAUCCUUGGGGGUGGGAGUAAUAUACUCAUUAGCUGUUUUAUUUCUGGAUUUCAUUUUUUAGGUUUGCAUAUAUUCUCCCAUAGCCAACUCUGUAAUAAUUCUGUUCCUUGUCUUUAUUAUACUUGUUUGCCUGUUGUUUCCUCUAUGCCUAGUUAUUAAACAUGAUUUUCCUUUCUGUCUGAUAAUAGUUGGAGACAGACAUUCAGCUUACUAAAGUACAUAGAUUAUAAAAUGGUGGAACAGGUGAAGAACACUACCACUGAGGGCAAAUAUUUAUUCUUCUUUGGGCACAAGGGGAUAGAAAUAAGGAAUUACAUGGGUAAGCCACAAGCAGGCAGGCCUUAAGCAAAAAUAUUGAAAAAAUGUGAAGACAGCAUCUGCCAGAUAUGUUUGGUCUUAGCAGUGACCUUGUAGCUGAACUAAGAUCACAUUACCAUUUCUGGAACUCUGAAUUUAUUUUUAAAGGUAUUUCUAAACACACCUCACCUUCUGAACAAGAGCCUGUGCUGUGCAGGUGCAGGAAACAAUCUGCCUAGUGACACUGAUACACUGCCCCUCAAAGUUACUGUCCCUUUACUUUACUUCAAUAUAUCCUGCUGCUUCAAAAAUAAAUAAAAUGUAUACUACAUCAGAAUGUUAAUGACUUUGGCUCCAUUAAUCUCUAAACCAUACAAGUGGCAAAGUGGAGAGAGAAACAAUUUUAUUUUUGGCCUUUUUAUUAUUCUAGCAAUUUGGGGCUUCCAUUCUUACUUCUAUUUGGUUAACCCACUGAUAUCAUUAUAUCUGACCCCAACUGAUAAAAACCAUUCUUAAACAUCACUCAAUUCUGUUGAAGACCAUGGUCCUCCUGUCCCCAAGGCAGCUCCUAUAAAGAGAGGGAAAAGCCUCUCUCUGUAUACAAAUUGAACCAAUAUCAAAUGAUGAAAAAUCAGUCUCUGUCAAGUCAGGCAGGAGGGAGUGUCAGGCUUGUAAAACCAAACCUGGAACCUGCCUGCAGUCCUCUGAACAGCAGAAACCAUUCCCUCUCCCCUAUACCUCUGUAACCUAAUUCUACUUUUUUUAAAGGACAUCUCCCCUAAUUCCCACCUUCAAUAAAUAUCCAGUCUAAAUUAUUCUCCACCCAGUUAUUAUUAUUAUUAUUUUUUUUUUCACAAGCUCCAUGGGGAAGAUUUACCCUGAGACAUAGUGAAGAGGCUGGGGAUUUUGGAAAGAGAUAAAAAGGUACAAGGCAAAGUGGUCCCAGUAUCAGAAAUGAAAACAUUCUGCUUCCUGUGUGACUCAACAAUGAAGCAGGUAAAAGAGAGCUGAAAUAUUUGUUGAGACUGGGACAUACUGAGAUUUUAGCUACAUUACACUCGGACUUGUGCUCAGAGAGAAAAGGAGAGGUGCAAGGCAGCCUUGUACUCCAGAAAAAACGGUGGGAUGAGGGGGUGCAUUGGGAUCAAUUCAAUCAAAAUUUUUCACUCCUUGUUUCCAGUCCUCCUAUACACAGGGUACUAAGGUCUGG